GUUCUCUCUUCUUCUUCACCAGCUUCAGAGAAGCCUGCGAGAGGGAAGUUGACAAUUGGAAAAAAAAAUGAGCGGCGAAGCAGCAGCAGCGAAAAGGUGGAUCAAUGGCGACGAGAGCGCGCAGCAGAUGCUCGGUCGAGCCCUGACGUCGCGCCCGUCGUUCGCGCUCCCUCCUCCGCUCCACAGAGCCCCUCUCCGCGCCGGCAACGUCGUCGAGAUCGCUGGCCCCUCUCCUUCCGCCAAGACCCAGAUCCUCGUUCAGGCUGCAGUGAGCUGCAUUCUCCCGAAAGAGCGGAACGGGGUGCACUACGGCGGGCUCGGGCAUUCGGUGCUCUACAUCGACCUGGACUGUCGGUUUGACGUCUCGAGGCUGGUGGAAAUGCUCAGACACCGGAUCGUGCAGGUUAAUGGGUGCUCGUCUACUGCCGACAAUGAGGAAAUCCUUAAGCUGUCCAUGAGACAAUUCUCGUACAUUCGCUGCUAUGAUAGUUUCGAGCUGCUUGCGACUCUAAAAACUCUGCAUCACUGGCUUGAAAAGGAAAAGAAAUCCGAUGGUAUCGGUGGUCAUUUUCUCAUGAUCGACAGUAUUGGCGCAUUUCAUUGGGUAGAUCGUGCUUCCACGUCAUUGCCUCUUGGGGGAAAGAACAGGAAAUGCCUCUCUUUGCAGAAUGUAUUGGAGGUUGUAGUGGAAGAUCUGAGAAAGCUGUUGUCGGUACAUCCCAUGCUUGUUAUUGUUACGAAAGCAACCAUUGUCGCACCAACUGGGAAUGAGUUCAGGAGGAAUUACAAAAGAUGGCCAUCCUCAGGCACUCCUUAUACAAGCAGUGAAUUAGAAGGGCUUCAGAAACCUUAUUUUCGUGAAUAUAUGCCUUCAAUCUGGCAGUCCUUCGUUACGCAUAGGAUACUCGUGCAAGGUUCAGAUGAUCAUAUUGCCAUGCCAAAAUCUCAAGAAAAUGACGCAGCUUAUGUGUCAGAAUGGUUGCUUCCACGUCUAAAUUUCUUGGACAAAUUUGUGGUGCGAGAUGCUGGUGUUUUCCUUGUUUCAUGAAGUGUAACAUCUGGACCUGUUUUACUUGUUGACAUCCGCACACAAGCAAGGUCAAGAUUGUUCUACUAAAUAGUCUAUUGCUGUGUUGUCCUUUAGUUUCAUUCUAUUUGGUUCUUGUAAAUAUCCACCUUGGCACCCCGGAUAAGCUUCUUGUCAACGGCAUUGGGGUUUUUGCACAUGUUGAUGCGAGUAUAUGUCGAUCUUCUUGCAUGUCGUGGGUCUUCUUUCUCUUUGAGGGUUCAAGUUGAAGCUCAUCUCACGGCUGCUCUUGUCUAUAGUCAACAGUUAUGGAGCAUCUUCCUUCAAUAUGGUAUUGAUUGUUCAGCACGAUGGAAUAAGUAUCGUGAGAAAUCUGAUCUGAAUGCAUUUGUUGAAGUUGGAUGA